AUGAGUCUCCGACUUGCCGCGCGGCGGCUGGCAGUAUCAGCUCCUGUUUUCUCUACUACUGUCGGACCCUCAGUACAACGACGGCAUAAAUGGGCCUCCAAUCUCUUCAAAGGAUGGGGCAAACCCCGGAACAAAGACGCUGGAGCUUCACCGGCACAGGACCCUACAUCUCUGCUCGACGACCCCAAGAGCCGUGAAGAAUAUCUACAGAAGAGCAUGUACAGCGGCGUGGAGGACAACAUUUUCCAGGAUGAGAUCGAAAAAGUUAGUACCGACACUACACCGGGUGCCCCCGAGAUCGAGCAAAAGACGAAAGAGAACAUGGCCAUGGUUGUGGACCCCGAUCCUCGAAGUCGAGUGCGUUGGCAGCGCAAGAAGGUUAUUCAGAUGGUUCGCCGCAACGGCCGUCUGACAAGAGACGAGAGCAUUCAGAUGUCCGAGCGCGAACUUCUGCACAAGAGCGAGUUUAUGCCCACAAGUGUCAAGAAACUCGUAAUGCUGGCCCGCCAGAUCGCAGGAAAGAGCGUCGACGACGCCAUCGUGCAGAUGAAGUGGUCCAAGAAGAAGAUGGCGGCCGAAGUUGGAUAUUACCUUGAGGAGGCUCGAGAUUUGGCUAUUGCACAGCGUGGUAUGGGACUCGGAAAAGUCAACAAUGAGACUCUGAAAACUCCCAAGAAGAUCCAAACAGUCGAUGGCAAAUGGAUCGAGAUUGAGGACCCUACGCGAAUGUAUAUCGCUCAAUCGUGGGUUGGGAGGGGCCCCUGGCGAGGGAAGAGAAUCGACUACAAGGGUCGUGGACGAAUGGGCAUCAUCAGACAUCCCAGCACAAGUCUAACGGUGUUACUCAAGGAAGAAAAGACAAGAAUACGAGAAUACGAGGAGCGUGUGGAAAAGAAGAACAAGAAGGGACCCUGGGUGCAUCUCCCCAACCGACCAGUAUAUGGACAGAGGCCAUAUUACUCGUGGUAG